AUGUCGCUCAUGUCGCUGCCAACCGAGAUCCACUACCACCUUCAAGAGUUCCUCGACCAUCCGAGCCUGCUCUUCCUCUCAGCCACGAACAAAUACUUCGAGAGUCUCUCUCCAAAGAAGAAAGUCAAGGAUUCUCUUAUAACUUUCGAGGAAUGCUCACUCUUUGUGCCUACCGUCUUGACGAAGAACCAGCUCUUGCCAUGCUACAUCUGCCUGAAGGGGUUGCCUGCACGUGACCACUUUCCCCCAUUGCCCGGUGACAAAGAUGACGAGCUUGGUAACAAGAAUAUGGGCAUUAGAGCCUGUGCCACCUGCAUGAUUGCCACUAAACCCGACUGUAUUUCCACCUAUGGAAUCCAGCAAAGCGACGACUAUGCUUUCACUAGUGGUCAGUACGCCGGGCCCGGAAAGUGUAAGCUGUAUUCUUCACGAUAUGGUACUCUACGUCGCCAAACACAGGAUUGGCUUCAUUGCCCGAAGUGUCACUUUAUCAAGCGGUACAAGAGCUCUCCGUGGGGUAGACGUCGAAAGAUUGACGAGGCCAUGUUGAAUGGUGACAUGUGCCCUCAAUGCUACCAGCCGGUAUGGGACCAGGAGAACGAGGAGAAACGCUUGAGACGGAACGCGCGUGGGAGGGAGCGACGUCGUGAGAACAAGUUGCAAGCUGAGAGAAUGAAAGAGGCUGAGCGCAAGCGUCAGCAGGCAAAGAACUCGGGCACAGCUGCAAAUGCGAUGACGCCGACGACCGCCGUAGCAGUGACGCCAAUAACUUCAGCGGGAACGGUGAUGAACACUCAGAAGCCACUCUCAUCACGAGUUUCAAUGCCUGCACCGCUGCAAAUUCCCCUAUCAACCUACAUGCCUCCGCUCCUCAUAGACGGUACGCCCUUGACGGACCAAGAGAUAGACUCGGGCUUUACGGACCAACUCGAAGACGUCGUCUCGGGCAGCUUUGACAAUCUCUGGAACGCUUCCUGGGCCGGUUCUUCGUCCGAUCAUCAACCAAUAGGUUGGUGA